AUGUUGCAUGUCAACAGAAGAAUCAUGGAGGUGAACAAGGAACAACAUGAGGAUAUGACCGACUAUGAUAUGGAAUAUGAGCAACAUGAUGGAACCAUAGUUUAUGAUUCAUACAUAGAAGAUGGUGAACAUAAGGACAUUGACUACAAUAGCCAUUCAGAUUCUGAAGAAGAAUUCCAAAGCACAGUUCCUACAAGUUAUUUGGGAGAUCUGGUCUGCGAGAAGGUGGGAUUAAGUGCUCUUUGUUGGAAGAAAGUAAAACCGGAAGUGAAGGACAAACUUUGGGAAGAGAUUACACACUUUUCCAAAGUUGAUGAAACUGGAAAACAAUUUGUGAUGAAUAGGCUUGGUAUCCUACUAUGGAACUUCAUAAGGAAAUUAACUACCAAAGCGCGAAAGAUGUCAAAGUAUGUUUACCGGAUGGGACGAGGGGAGUAUACUACUCUUAGGCAGAAGUUGAUUGAAGAGAAAGUGAUUUCAAAGGAAGAAAUUCCCCCCAAGGGUGUCGGCACGGGGGUCACUUACAACAGAUAUUUCAAUGUUCCUCGCAGCAAAGGAUCAUCUAACGAGGAAAUUAAAGAUCUGAAAGUUGCACUCCAUAAUGGAAAACUUGAGCUUCGGAAAAAAGAUGUUGAACUCAAGGAUUUGUCUAUAAAGGUUAAUGAACAAGAUCAAACACUAAAGCUAGUUUUGGCUCAUCUUAAUGCAAAAGGAGUUGACUUUCCAAAUCUAUCUCAUACAACUGGUAUUUCAAGUGAGAAGAUUGUUGAAAGUAGUGAAACUCCUGUUACUCUCAAAACCAAGGAACCAUUCAGUUGCAGAUUUGGUUUCAACUGCUUUCUUGGUGGGUUUCGCAAUUACCUAAAUAAUUUAAAUUCCCAAGUGAAAAAAAACAGAAAUUAG